UCAGCUCAGCAGCAGAGGCGUCGGGCUGUGAAGGAACAGAGAAAUUGACUAAUUAGCAAUGCGCACUAAAACUUGACGGUUCUCUCCAUAACGCAGAGAGAAAGAGAGGAAAGACUCGCCUUUUCUCCUCUCCUCUUUUUCCAUAGAUGUUUGAAAUCGCAGUCAUUUACGCUCGACAGUUUUUACAAUAGCCUUGAGCCAUAAUUUUGCGAGUCUCUCCAGCAUCCAUACCCCUGCGCGGUCUCUCUCCACCGGCCAUGCGCGUCCGUUUCUCUCCCCGACCGUGGAUUUCCUAUUACUCUCGUUACGACUCACUGAGCCCCAGGCCCAAGGAUAAUGAUGUGUUGUUUCUUGGUAGCAUAAUUUGUCACACGUAUAUUUCUUCUUCUUCUUCUUCUCUUGCAGAAAGCACACAGCUCCUCUCACACUCACACACACUACUUCUUCUUAUUAAUUCAGAGGAAACAUAAAUGAUCAAUGAGCUUGAAUGCGCGGGGAUCAAUUGUUAGGAUUCUGAUCCAUCGAUCAUAGACUUUUCCAACAGGACUGAACAAAGAAAGUGCACUGAAGAAGCCGCAGUUUUACUUUUCUUUAAGUCAGGUAAGUUUCGAAUACCUACUACUAGUAUUGGGCACGGGUGCACACUGUGCGUAAAUGUGCCAUGGGCUGAGAGUUGCGUUCUGUCUCAGAUUGGGCGAGAAAUACCGCGCGUGUUGUUGAACGGAGCUAUUGCAUUGUGUUGUUGCCGACCAAAGCGAUGCGCAACCGCACAUCUAUGGUGGUGAUGAUACUGAUGUUGCGGGAGACAAACUAAUUGCUUUUGUAUCGCAUAUCGGGGGAAUGUGUGCAUGCAUUUAUGUCUUGUAGGGGUGUGUGUGUGUGUGUGUGUGUGUAUGUGUGUGUUUGCGUGGCCUGAUAACAGAUAGCCGGCAGUUUGUAGGCUAGAUCGUGGGCUUUGCUUUCCAAAAACCACGCGUAGUUUGUUUCAGCCCGCAGCGACCAUUGGAUUUGACGUGCUCACGAACGCAUGCAUGAGAUAUAUAGAUGGGUAUGCAAGGAUGCGUGUGGUUGGUAAAUGCAUAUGCUUGCAUGCUGCAAACUUAAUGCAUUUGCAUGCAUGCACGAUAUAGAUACUGUAGAGAUAUGCACAAAUCCAACUUGAAUGCAUGCAUGAAUGAGAUACCUUCAGAAUGCAUAUACUUUUAUAAGACCGGCUGAUGCAUUUCCAUGCAGUGUAGUGCACCAAUGGCAUUGUUUACUCGCAGGAGGUGUGCGCAGCCCCGAAGUCAUGUCCAGAUCGGGUGACCGAACCUCCACGUUUGACCCGACUCACAGCGACUCUCUGCUGCACGGUCUAAACCUGCUGUGGAGGAAGCAGCUCUUCUGCGAUGUGACUCUCACGGCGCAGGGACAGCAGUUCCACUGCCACAAAGCCGUGCUGGCGUCCUGCUCGCAGUACUUCAGGUCCCUGUUCUCCACGCACAUGCUGAGCAGAGAAGACGGGCUGGCAGCGAAGGACCAAGGCAGCAGCGGCACCCCAUCCUCCUCCCCCGACGACAAGCUCCUGCCCAGCCCGCGCUCCACCAUCAACAACCUGGUGCUGCAGGGCUGCUCCUCCAUCGGUCUACGGCUGGUGCUGGAGUACCUCUACACGGCCAACGUGACCCUCUCCCUGGACACAGUGGAGGAGGUGCUCUCCGUCAGCAAGAUCCUCAACAUCCCCCAGAUCACCAAACUCAGCGUGCAGUUCCUCAACGACCAGAUCUCGGUGCAAAACUACAAGCAGAUCUGCAAGAUUGCAGCUCUUCACGGGUUGGACGAGACCAAGAAGCUCGCCAACAAAUACCUGGUGGAGGAUGUGCUCCUCUUGAACUUUGAGGAGAUGUGCGCCAUGCUGGAUGCCCUGCCUCCGCCCGUGGAGUCGGAGCUGGCGCUCUUUCAGAUGUCCGUGCUGUGGUUGGAGCAUGACAGGGAGACCAGGAUGCACUACGCUCCUGACCUGAUGAAGCGCCUGCGGUUUGCCCUCAUCCCUGCCCCGGAGCUGGUGGAGAGGGUGCAGUCGGUGGACUUUAUGAGGAGCGACCCGGUGUGCCAGAAAUUGCUCCUGGAUGCCAUGAACUACCACCUGAUGCCCUUCAGACAGCACAGCAGACAGACCACAGCCAGCAGGAUUCGUUCAAACAAACGGAUGCUCCUGUUGGUUGGAGGCCUGCCCCCGGGUCCCGACCGCCUCCCUAGUAAUCUGGUUCAGUACUACGACGACGAAAAGAAGACAUGGAAGAUCCUUACAAUAAUGCCAUAUAACAGCGCCCAUCACUGUGUAGUUGAGGUGGAGAACUUCCUGCUUUUAUUGGGUGGAGAAGACCAGUGGAACCCUAAUGGCAAACACAGCACUAACUUUGUAAGUCGGUAUGAUCCAAGAUUCAAUAGCUGGAUACAACUACCGCCCAUGCAGGAGAGGAGAGCGAGUUUCUUCGCUUGCUGCCUGGAUAAGCACUUGUAUGUUGUUGGGGGAAGGAACGAGACAGGUUAUCUGUCUAGCGUUGAAGCCUUUAACCUUGAGACAAACGAAUGGAAUUACGUUUCGUCUCUUCCACAGCCGCUGGCUGCACACGCAGGCGCCGUGCACAAUGGGAAAAUAUACAUCUCAGGUGGCGUACACAAUGGUGAAUACGUGUCUUGGCUGUACUGCUACGACCCCGUGAUGGACGUAUGGGCUCGGAAACAGGACAUGAAUACUAAGCGAGCCAUACACGCUCUCGCAGGCAUGAAUGACCGCCUCUACGCUAUUGGGGGAAACCACUUAAAAGGAUUCUCUCAUCUGGAUGUGAUGCUGGUUGAAUGCUACGACCCUAAAGCAGAUCAGUGGAGCAUCCUGCAAACGCCCAUCUUAGAGGGACGCAGCGGGCCUGGAUGUGCUGUUCUUGAUGACAGUAUUUACUUAGUGGGAGGCUACAGCUGGAGCAUGGGGGCGUAUAAGUCAUCCACCAUUUGUUACAGCCCAGAGAAAGGCACAUGGACAGAAAUGGAAGGAGAAGUGGCUGAACCUUUAGCUGGACCGGCCUGUGCCACAGUCAUACUGCCAGCCUGUUUACCAUUUAACAAAUAACUAUGUAAAAUGCAGAAUAAUUCGGCCGAGAAGAGGAAAAACCUGUUGGGAUGGAAAGUCAUUUGCUAAACGAAUCAAAUAAAUGAAGAGACUCUCCCUAUGGAACGCCCCCAGCUUUUGAACAGGAGGUGAUGAGGUGUACAGAUUAUUAUUUUUUUACUGGUCUGACAAGAGCACUUUGUUUCUUUCAUACCUAACAGUUUUAAACUGAUAUAAUCAUCGACUUUAUGUAUUUGAUGCUCACGUGUGUUGACAUUCAACUGCUCACAUUCAAUCAUUUUUUUAUCAUAAAUGCUUUGACAUAACACGCAUAAUUUUUUUUCGAACCAAAUCGAUAUCGCUUCCAUACGUACUUUGUAUUUUGUGGAAACCGCCGAUCAAAGACAAUGUUGAAGUGGGCUGACAAAGGAAUAUUCAUGUUUUUACAAGCAAAACUCAUGAUUCUGUGUACACUGUAGAGUAGAUAUCAGCUAUUUAAUAUAUAUCACACCAUGUCUGCUUGUUAGAUAUUGUCGCCAUACUUGAGUGGCACAUUGUUAUUUGUACAGAUGAGAGGGUUAAAAAUUUCAAUUAUAAAAAAAAACCUUUCAGUAAAAACACAAUUUAUGAUUUAUUGUUUGAGCAAUCAGUAUAUUAUUUAUUUAGCCAUGUGGUAUAUAUGCAUGGCCUGAAGUGGAAAGCUUAUUGUGUUUUACUGUGGGUACAUAUUUGUUUAUGUUAAUAUCUGUUCAUAUCUCACAGUGCCUAUUUUUAGCAUCAGGCUGCUUUAUUUCAUAAAAUUUCCCAUUAUAAGAAUCAGAAAUUUUAAAUUGAGCCAAAAUCAAAUACAUUUUUGGCCUGACUGGUUUCUCUGAGAGGUGAUAUGAAAUCUGAAUUUGUUGCACUGGUGUUUGUUGGCCCUUUUGCUGAGAAAAGGGAAUGUUUUUCAUUGUUGUAAAUAAUCGCUUGCAGUGGAACAUUUUUGUGCUCAUAGGAUUUAUUCUCAAAUCCUGUUAUGUUCUUUACAUUUAGUCUAUGAAAAUAAAACUGAAUUUCUGGAUCGAUAAUUGUUGUUUGCAGUAUUACAACAACUGACCCAUUACUCUGUUCUCUACAGUGUGCAAUGUGUUUCAUGUACAUAUUGGAAAGUAUUUUGUUAAAUACAACAUCAAACAGGUUUGAAAAAAGUAAUUUUAAGGCCCAAGUGCACAUAAAACAUCUUGAGUGUUGUAUAUUUCCGUGUAUUAUAUAAGUCAGGAGAGAAUGUACAUGACUUUGGCAGACUGAAGGUCUGAAGAUCAGUUUCAAACAGCAGGUCACAUUUCAAAGACUGAAGUACUUACCAUCUGUAAAUCAAUCAUUUAUUUUUUCUUUUUAAAUAUAUACAGUUACCAGAAACCAGGUUUGGUAAAUAUUUAAGUUUUUGUAAA